GACAGCCUUGCGGAACUGCAGGUGCGCCUGCUUUAAAUCGUGUGCACGUCCCGUGGGCCCGGGCGGGGAAGUGAAACAAUCAGCAGCUAUGGGAGAAGUUUGUAAGGAGAGGAAGCCGUGGCUUCGUGUUGUUUGGCAAAUCUGCAACGUUUUCAUGUGUUUGUUCUUCGCUCUUUGCACAGUUUAUUAUAAACGCCACCCUCUUUUUCAGGCUGGUUACGGCGUCCCUGCAGUCCUGAGUGCGUGUAUUGUUGUGAAUCCUCAUGUGACAGAGACUUUGCCCUGGAGGCGUGUUGCUGACCUUCAUCUGCUGAUUUCCAGUGCGAUCAGUGCCAUGUUGGGAUGGACGCUGUACAAAGAGCAAAUCACACAGAUCUUCCAGAAGGAGGAGGGCAGAGAAUUCUCAGGUCUCGUUUUGACUGCAUUUUGGCUCUUCCUGUGUCGCCACUCUGGAAGAGCUCCUGUCGGGAUACUCCGAGUCUCCACAGCUGCUGCCGUCACAGUCUUCCCAUUUGUGGCCUGGCUUUACUACCACAUCAACAAGGAUCUGAGAUCAGACUGGCCUUCACACUGUACGACUGCCAUUUAGACAUCAGCCUGUUUUGGCUGAUGAAACAUGAUUAAACACAACUACUUAUUGAACACUUUUGUAAAAUAAUUAAUAAAAAUUUUAAAAAAAGUUUAUUAUUUAA